AUGGAAUUUGGUUAAGAAUAUUUAGACUUUAAGUAGGAAAAUUAAUAAUUGACAGAUGUUAAUGAUACUUUAUCUUUAUCAAAUAAUACAGUUUAAAUAUAUUCUUAGAGUUGCCUAAAAUCAUUUCAUAACUAUAAUAAUUUUGAUAGUCUUUAUUUAGAUCGUUAAUAUGAAGAUGAAAUUGAAAAUGAAAAUAUACUUUGCUAAAAUUUUGAAUCAAAAUUAUCUGAAAUACACAAUUAAGAAGUUUAAGCAUGCGAAAAAAUGGAAGUUGGUGAAAUAUUUUAUCUGAGAAGAAAACUUGCUAACACAUAAAAUAUAUUUAAAGGAUACUCUGAAUAUUUGAACUAAAAAGUAGUUGGAGUAUUGUUUAGUGUAGAUACUUAGGAAUAUUAACAAUUAAAUAUGGCUAAUUUUUAUAUUAAAUAAAAGAAUGUAACACAUUUUUUCAACUUGGAGAUGUAUUAGAUCCCAAAUAAAUCUGUAUAAUCUUAAUAUAGCAUAAGAGAAAUUAAAGAAAAUUGUAAUGAAUAACUUUCUAUGUAUUCGAUUUAAAGAUACUUCAAAGGUAGUUUAGAAGAUUUUAUUUUAAAAAGAUAAAAAAUAAAAAUGGAAUUUAGUGCUAUUGAACUUGAAGAUAUUUUUUAUAGACUAUUGUAGAUAGGUAGCUGUCUUGAAAGUUUAUUUUUAUAUCAUUAAGACUUCAAAGUUUCAAAAAUAUUACUAAAUUUUAACAGCAAAACUUUGCAAUACGAUAAGUAAUCAAUAGUUCUUUCAUCACUAUAAGACAUUUACAAAUUUAAUUCUAAUGAUAAAUUUUUUGAUAAUAAUAACUAUGACAUUGAAAAGAUCAAUAAUUUUAAUGGGUAUGUCACACCAGAAGUUGCAGAUUUUGAACCUAAAAUAAUGAUUUUCAAAUAAAACUCGUUUGCAAUAGGUCUUUUUAUGCUAAAUUUGCUUAUUUUAGAUAUAUUUAGCCCAUCCAGAUUUAUUGAUGGAUAUUAAAAAGGUAUUUAUUUUUUAUAAAAAGAAAAUAUAAGUGAUAAUGUUAGAAAAGGGGUAAAUCUUUUGUUAUAAUAAGAUUAAUAACAAAGGUAUACUUGUUAAAAUGUCUUAAAAGAGAUUUACAAGGAAAAAUUUUAUAUAAUUCCAUUUAAUGAUAUAGAUAAUACUUAACUAUAAAUUAAACAUUAAGAAUAGUCUCCAAAUAACUUUAAUGAGGAUAAUUCCCAAUUAUUUGAAACAACUAACAUUUAGUUUGGUAAAAAUUAAAAUGAUGAUAGUCCUUUAAAUGAUGAAUUUGAUGACACAAAAUAAGUUUGUGUGGUUGAAACAGGCUUCAUAUAAAUAACAGAACCAUAGGAAGUGUGCAUUUAUUGUAAUCAAAUAAUCUGUUAAAAAAACUCUGAAAAAAAUCAAAAGCAACUUUCAUGA